CGUCCCCGUCAAAAUCUACGUCGCCGCCGGAAACUCCUCCACCAUCGCCUGCGAAUCCGAUCGCGCGGCCACCAUCCGCGCCACUCCCCGUGACUCCUUCUCCUCCUCCUGAAGAAGCUCGGCCGAGUCCUACAGAAUCUCCAGCACCACGGUCGCCGGCGGCUCGUCCGCAAUCUCCGGCGACGCCAUCACCGGCUCCGCCUGCGAACCGGUCGAGUGUUUUUCCGCCGUCGAGCGUGCCUUCGCCAGAGCCACCUCCCCUAACCCCUCCCGUUACGCCUCGUCCGGCUCCGCCGGGAAAUCCGACAGCUACACUGCCGCCGCCACGUCAGCUCCCGAAUGGAAGUUUGCCGGUGGUGGCCGUUGGAGGUCAAGCAGGUCAACGUGCGGAAACGGCGUCUCACGUACCGGCAAGGUUGAUCGCUGGGGCAGCCAUGGGUGGGGUGGCUUUGAUAGUGAUGCUCGGGGUUCUCUUGUUUGUUUGCUUCAAAUGCAAGAGAAAGCAAGGACCCAUUGCUGGGAAAGUCAGUCACAGAUCGUAUUCCUCCGGCGCAAAAGAUGGUGUUAGUGCUGCUCCUCCUCAAGGCUUUCAGUAUCCAAACGAGAAUGUUCAGCCCCAGUCAAGGGCUUGUAUCAUUGCCAUGCCACCAAAGGCCUUCGCCAUUGCCCCACCCAAUCUUCUGAGCGGCAAUGGAGAUUCCGCUAACUCGGCGCCUGAGUUACAUUCGCCCCUCAUAACUUCCUUGAGCUUCUCAAGGGGCACUUUCACUUAUGGUGAAUUAGUCGGAGCAACUAAUAGCUUCUCCAGGGCAAACCUUCUCGGAGAAGGCGGUUUUGGCUAUGUCCACAAGGGAGUCCUUGCCGAUGGGAAAGAAAUUGCUGUUAAGCAGUUGAAGAUGGGAAGCCACCAGGGACAACAGGAAUUUCAAGCCGAGCUUGAUAUCAUCAGUCGUGUGCAUCACAAACAUCUUGUUACGUUGCUUGGAUACUGCAUAACCGGGGCAGAGAGGUUUCUGGUUUAUGAGUUUGUUCCCAACAACACUCUAGAAUUCCACUUACACGGAAAUGGGCAGCCUGUUCUCGAUUGGAGAACCCGAUUAAAAAUUGCAGUAGGAACCGCAAAAGGACUGGCCUAUCUCCAAGAGGACUGUAGCCCAACAAUCAUCCAUCGUGACAUAAAGGCAGCCAAUAUUCUUCUUGAUUUUAAUUUCGAGGCAAAGGUUUCUGAUUUUGGGCUUGCCAAGUUCUUUUCUGGUAGUACUGCUAACGUCUCUCAUAUUUCUACCCGAGUGGUAGGAACUUUUGGGUACCUGGCCCCUGAGUAUGCAUCAAGUGGUAAAUUAACAGAAAAGUCCGAUGUAUAUUCAUUUGGCGUUGUGCUUUUGGAACUUAUCACUGGAAAUCCACCUAUCAUGAGAACAGAGUCAUGGACAAAUGACGGCCAGGGGUUGGUCGACUGGGCUAGACCUCUACUUAACCAAGCUAGUGAGACCGGCAAAAUGGACAAAAUUGUUGAUGCAAGAUUGCGGAAGAAUUAUGAUUCCGAUGAGAUGUUGAGCAUGAUUGGAUGUGCCGCUGCUUGCGUGCGUCAUUCAGCGUGGCUCCGGCCACGAAUGAGCCAGAUAGUUCGUGCGUUGGAGGGAGAAGGGUCUCUGGCAGAUCUAGAUGAAGGAGUCCGACCGGGUCAAAGCAAAGUAUACAGUUCUUCAGAAAUGAGGAAAUUCUCUCUGAUACUAGGGAGUCACGAAGACGGCGUUACCCGACAAAGUGAUAACACCAGCGAAUAUGGUCUUUACCCUUCUUGUUCAAGCAGUGAAACCCAUAGUCGAUGAGGCAUGUACAGUGAAGCCAAAGAGAAGCUUCAAACUUCUUGGCCAACUGAUGGAUUAUCACUCCUGAAAUUCCUGUUGAGGAAUUGUUUGAAGAUCACAGACCGCUCAUGAUAGACGCUUUACUUACUGCUGAUCCUUUCCUAACAUGUUUCAGAUUUUUGUAACAUGUGAAGUUCUUCUCCGUCUAGAUGAUCUAACAAAGCCUGUAUCUACUACAUUCUCAUUUAUAAUGCAACAGCUCUGAAUUCAGCAAA